CAAAGUUGAUGUUCGUACUCGACGAUCUUUACCAGAAGAAGCAAACUCAGCUUGUUAUCCAGUGAAACUUGAAAUCAAAGUAAUAUGGUUGAAAGAAGAUGUUUCCAAUAUGGCUGUUGUCGAUGUCAAGUUGAUGACUGGGUUCAGCGUGAUUGAAGCUUCUUUAAAGAAGCUGCGAGUUGACAAAAAUUUGAACUUCAAACGUUAUGACAUCGAUGCACAAAAUGUUCAACUUUACUUAGACGAGGUUUGUCAAAAGGUUGUUAAAGUUUAUGAUUACUAUGAGCCAGUGACACGAAUGACGUCAAGGAAUGGCCAUUUAAUGGUUAUAAAAGCAUUUUCUCGUGACACAAAGAAAAAGAGAAAGAAAAUAAUGAAGAAAGAAUUAGAAUAUCGUGUUUCUGAUUUCUGUCCUUGCGAUGAAAUUUAUGAAGGAGAACGUUCUAUUGUGAUUGGUGGAAACAGUUAUUUUAAAGAUACUGAAGGUGAAAAGAUUAUAAUGAAACCAGCCAUGAAAAAAAUGAUGAAAAUGCUGAAAAAUUGCUGACGUCGUGAAAUGUAACAGAGUAGAAGUUGUAGACUCUGAACGCAACUAUUUCCUGUUGUGCCUAUUCUGAAAUGUAUUAUUUGUUAUUAUAAUGUGCUUUUGUGUUUAUAUUUGUUGUCAAUAUAAUAUGUUUACGUCCAUUCUAUGGUGAGUGAUUAUCAAUAAAUUGCAACAUAAUAUA